UAUAAAGUUUUGAGCAACCUGUUACCUGAUUAGUUUGGUAAGUAAAACUAUUUUGGAGGCAGAGUUUACUGUAAUUGUUUAAUAGUUGAAUGUGUCUUUGGCAACCGGGUUGCCGGAAUCAGCAAACAAUAAAUAGAAAACUACAUUAACUAUUUUGGAUUACUUAUAAUAAUCUACUGAUAAGGACUAUCAUUUCAUCCAUGAUAUGUUAAUUAUAUCUGUGAUUUAUACCUAGUGUCUAGCCCAAGGUCCUAGCUAGAUUUAAUUAGUAUUGUGCAAUGUACAAUACACCGCGUUGUUUACAUAUAACUGGCAAAUGCCAAUCAAUUUUUCAAGUUUUGUUUACGAUAUUUUUAUCGUUAAUCAAUAUUACACUGUAAAAUAUACACCGUGUGCGCCUUCAUUUGUAAACAUUGAUGAAAUACAGAACGGCCUCUAUAUACCAGACGCCAAAAAAAUACGGUUUAUAUCACAGUCCUUAUCAGUACCUGCCUACUUGAAACAAACGUCACAGUUACCUAAUAGCUUAGAUCAUAUACUAUGGAUAAAGCUAUUGUCUAAAUAUUUGAAGAAAACAUAACUAAGAUGAGUUGGGACAAAUGCGUAUGCACAAAAUUUAUAUCACACGUGAUCACUUGUGAUGUACCUACCAUCCUUGCCUGGUGGUAUUAUAAUGAUUAUACGAUAAAUAUGCGACGAAUACUGAUACGCAUGCGCAAUAGAUAUUAGUCCCCAUAGCACUCGUUAAUAAUGAUAUCCUCAACUCGUAGUACCAUAGACCGAUAAACAUUAUUAUCAGGUCUAUGCAUAGUACGUGUUUAUCAUGCAGUAGUUCCAUCCAUAGUGUAUGAUUUAAGCCUUAUAGAUUGAUAAUUGACUUUUAGCAGUUGUUACUGCUAACUGCAGCUACUCCUACCAUUAAUUAGACAAACUUAAUCAAUGCUGCUACUAACUGUGACUGGCGACUACAAUCAAUUUGAGAAAAUGUUGAAAUAAUGAAUUAUAUUAUUAUGUCCACAAUAAAUCAUUAAAACCUAGAGGUAUACAUUUUAAAAUGGUCAUUUCCAUUAAUAAUAAGGUAACUGUGUCAUUUAUUCCAGGUAGGCAAGUACUGAUAAGAACCGUUUAUUUAAUUAGUGAUAUAAACAGUUUUUUUUUUUACUGCCUGGUUUACUUUAUGGUCUGGUCUCUCAUUCUCAUAGAAUAAUGUAAUAGUCCCUGUAUAUUGCUCUUUGAUAUAAUCUGUGAUAGUAGAUACCAAGGUUGAAAAGUAUUAUUUAUCAAAUAUUUUUUUUUUUCCAUACUUAAUUGUGUAGUAUGUAUAAAUUAAUAAUUUUUAAUAAUAAUUUAAUUUAUUACUAACUAAUCAUCUUAUAAAUGUAUAACUUUUCAAUUAGUUCCACGAGUGAGUAAAAUUUGAUCAUUUCACAUUUAUUUACGAUAAAAACAUACCUAUUUAUUAUUUGAAACUCAUUAAUAAUUACUGAUCAUUUGCCUAAUUGAGGUAAUUGGUCUUUUAUAAUAGUCUGGCAUCUAAAUUUGAUAAUAAUUCAUCAUACUUGCAUAAAUUCCAAAUCUAAACUUACUCCGGUCCCUAAGCAUUAGCCAAUGUAUCUUAAUAAAAACGCUUUUUGGAUAGUAUAAUAUAAUACAUCAUAUUAAAAUGGAAGCAAAAAAAACCUACAUCCAAUUAUUAAACUAUACUAGUAUUUUGUAUUUUUUCUUCUUUUUUUAUUCUGUUAAACAUUUUAAAUUAAAAUUGUAUUAAUGAUUACAGAAACGUAACAAGUCACAAAUUUUAAAGGUCUUCCUUAAACUUUAAAAGUCAAUAAUAAAUACAAUUAUUUUUACACAGAAAUUAUAUAUAAUAUAUAUGUAUUCAUUAUUAAAUUAAAUUUCAUUUCAAAAUUAUUUGUACUAUACAGUUUUUUAUCAAUUACCCAAAAGUUUCAAGUAAUUUGUUUCUGCAAUUGAUUCAUAUAUUAUUAUACCCUAUAACAAAAUAAGCACACAAUCGAUUCUCACCCCAAAAUUACAGAUUGUGUUUGACCUUGUGCUUGUGCACCGUGUACACAUGUGUAAAUCAGGGCCUGCCUAUAAUUUAUACCUUACAUAAGUAUAUACUUUUGUUUUUCAAAUAAAAACCCCCCUUUUUUGUGAACAAAUUUUGAUAUGCAUAAUACUAAUAAUACUAAUAUCAGAUUUACUGUUUAAAGUUUAGAAUGGAGAAUUAGAAAUCAAGCAAUUUAUUACCCUUUGCUACUCCUCCAGUUUAAACUUUAAACGGUAAAUCUGUUAUUAGUGUUAUACAUAUCAAAAUUUUUAAAAAAAUAUUCUCUAUUCCAAUCUGUGUUCAAUUAUUUAGCUACCUACUUAUUAAAACAUUUGAAUUCAUAUUCAUGUGUCAUGGCAGUUCUAAAUUAAUACUAAUGUAUUUUAUUAGAAUAAAAUCAUUAGGUAUAUUCAGAUUUAUGGGUAUACUUUAAUUGGAAAAUAAAUACCAUUGUUAAAUUUAAUGUGCACGUUCAAUUUAUAGGGAAAGAGAGUUUGGUCUAAAACUUAAAAUAUGGUGAUGUAGAUGUUUAUACAAUUUAUUUAUUUAUUUAUUAUAAAGAGCAUUUUAUAUAUUCUUUGGUCAAUCAACUUAAAAUAUCUUAAUCAAAAAAUAAGUACUAUUACUAAUAUGAAUCAUGAAUGAUGUGAAAUGAUAAAUAAUGUUUAUUUCAUUGAACUAAAUAUCAUCAAUUAUUAUAACUAUGAUUAAUGACAUAUGUGUAAUAAUAUGCUAUAGUUAUUACCCACUAUUUCUAAUAAUGUUUUCCAACACAAGUGUACGGCGUUUGUCUACCGACUCCCGUGCAGUAGAUAAAACAAAUUCCAUACUUAUGACAGGUAUAUUGUAAUCUUAUCUACACAUGUGCAGAAAAUAUAAUGGGGUAAAUCAGUGUUUCGCAAUCCUUUUUCAUUAAUGUACCCCUUGACCUCUCACCCCUGAUUUACGGACCUCCAAAUGACAACUCGUCAUAUAUUUUCAUGUAAAAUAGUUAUGACAAAUGUCACUUUUUCUACCAUUACUAUUUUUUUCAACAAACCCCCUAAUACAUCCUACCUUCUCGUGGACCACUAGAGAUCCACAUAACCCCGGUUGAGAAAUGCUAGUGUUAAUGAUAUAGUCUUUAUAAAUUAUCAUUAAUCACAUACAUAAUUUUAUCACUUUUAUAAAAAGCAUAUUUUAUUCAUAACUAUUGUUUAUAUUAGUCUCCCAUGAAUAUACCUAUUGUGAUAUCAGAAAAUAUUAACAUUUUUAGGACUUUUAUUUUAAUUUUUUUGAAAAUUUAAAAAAUAAUCAGCUCUAAAAUAGUACAUCACCAUUGUUUUUCAACCUACACUUAUUCCUUUUUCUAUGUUGCUGUCUACUACCCAACACUACAAACCAUACAACAUUAAUUUUAAAUUUCAUUGGAAUUUUCUUGUCACCUAAAACAUUUGACAUCUUCACUUUGUCUAAUCACACUUAAUCCUAUGUUUUAUAUCCUCAUCAAAGCCACUGGUUCUUUCAUACAAAAAAUCAUAGGUACUUAGAAAUCUCAACCCCACCUAUUACAUCAGCACAUAUUGUCAUUAGCUGUCUAUCCUGUUCAAAUAAAAUUCUGUUUUUUUUAUAUAUAUAUAUAUUAAAGGGAUAAGGACCACAAAUAUUCAUACUUCAAUUAGUUUUUUGUUUUGGUGAAAAACUUUUAAAAAAAAUGUAUUGUUUUUGGAAAGUUUAAAAAUAACCAUUUAUAGAAUUUAUUCUUCUGAAAAUGUUAAUGUAUCAACUUUUUAUUUUCAAUAAAUUCAUGAGUUUUAAUAAUUUUUUUAAUUAGUUUUUGUCUAAAUUUUUCAUAAACUAUGCAUUAUGGAAAUACCUGGACAGUUUUUCAUUAGCCAUUUGAUAAACUUCUUUUUUGUUUUAAUAAUUCUAUUAACAUAUUGAAAUUUCUUAGUUCUUUAUACAAUAAAAAGUUCCCUAAAAAAACAUAGUUAUUAAUAAUAAUAUAAUAACUAAACAUUAUUUACUUAAUUACAAUUUCAUAUUUUUUUUUUUUAGAAAAAAAAAGAAAUGGAACUAUCCAAGGACAUUGAAACAUAUCCAGGGUUUUGUACUAAAUGUGGAUCAAUACUACCAUCUUUAAGUACGGAAGAAUUUGUAAAGUGUUAUUCGUGUAAAACAGUUUUCGGACCAGAAAGUAAGUAACCAGUGUUAUUAUUUUUAUCAUCAAUUUUUUUUUUUAUAAUUUACAAGGACGUAGUAUCAAUAUUAUGUCUACUCAAAAGAUUAUAAUAAUAUUUAUUAUAAACAUUAUUGUUUUUGAGUUCAUAUAAAAUAUUAUAUUAUAAAUUCAAGGUAAUCAAUUGCUUGCUAUUUUAUAAACUUAAGUAACAUUUUCUAUCUCUUUGAACUACAUUUUUCAACAUCAUUUUUAUUGUUAAGGAUAAAACAAUAUUUUUUUACCUACAUGAAAACUAAUAAAUGUAUUCAUGUAUAUGGUUAUAAUAGGCAUCGACUUUUAGAUUUCAUCAUGGGGGCAAAUAAAAACUAAACUACUGUCCAUGGAUAUUAUUUAUAUACAUAAUUGUACAUAUUUUAUCUUUAGCUAUAUUUAGACAUUAAAUUGUUUUGAUGAACAUUUCCAUGUCAAAACUCGGCUAUAAAUGCUACAAUAAUAAUCAAAUAAUUUUUAUACACAAAUGCGAAAUACUAUUUUUUACGUUCUAUUUUCCACUUUUAUAGGUGGGAAGUUGGGACUAAAUAUAUAUUACGUGUUAUUUUUAAAAUCAAGAUAUUUUGACGUUUAUAAAAUGUAUGAAUUAAUGAAUAUAUCCGCAUUACAUAUAGCUUUUGCUAUGUCCAGGAAGAUAGCUAAGGUAUUUUUCCCACUGUCAAGGGCAUUAUAUAUAUGAUUCAUGGCACUAUAUAGUGCAUUUUUAGUCCCUAAGCCAGGUCUAAAGCCAAAUUGAUUCUUGAACAGAAGUUUAUUAUCUUCUAAAUAAUUUAUAAGUUUGUUUUUAAUAAUUUUUUCUAUAAUUUUUGAAAAUUUAUUUAACAUAGAUAUCGGUCUAUAGUUAUUUACGUGUGUUUAUGAUCACCACAUUUGUAUAAAGAAAUUACUACUGCAAUUUUGAAUUUAUCAAGAAAAGUACAUUUUUCAAUACUUAUAUAAGUAUGUCAGAGACAUUGAAAAACUAAACAAAAAAAUAUCUGUUAAAAUUCACAAAACUGAUAUUAUUAAUUAUUGAAUGUACAAUUAUUGUUUAAAACUUAAUUAUUAUAUUUCAGUUUAUGGAAAUUCUGAGGCUAUGUACGAUAUUGUUUUGAAUUCUGUCGAAGAUUUAGAUAAUGUAGUGAAAGCUGGGCAUAAUAAAGACAAAACAGAAGAUGGUCCGAUUGCCGAGCGGAGAUGCAGCGCUUGUGGUCAUAACCAGAUGUCCUAUGCUGCUGUGCAAUUAAGAUCAGCUGAUGAAGGACAAACCGUAUUUUACACCUGUAUUAAGUGCAAGUAAGAAUACUAUAUCCCUUCUAUUUAAAAUUGUAUAUUUUUGUAUUUAUAAUGUAAUUAUAAAAAUGCACUUUUCUCUUUUUCAGAUUCACAGAAGCAGAAAACUCUUAAUGUAACUUAAACAAAAUAUAUAUUUUUUUUUAUAUAAAAAAAAAAAUACACUUUAAAUAAAAUAAAUUCUGAACCUUUAAAAUCAAAACUUAAAAUUAUAAUAAUCAAAUUUAUUAAAAUACUAUAACAGCAUACAUUAUAGUUUUAACCUAAACUUUGGUUUUUUAAUUAUAUUCUAGUUAAUUGAAUUAAUAGAACUUAAAAUAUGUUUUUAUAUACGAAUAAUAAUGUACAAAAAAAAAACUUAUCAUGUAUUUAUUUAUUUUAUUUAAUUAGAUUAAUGGCGUAUUUUUAAUUAAGAAAAUUUUUGAAUACAAUUAACAACUGUAUUUUGUUCCAUGCACUUUGAUGUCAUAUUUUUCAGUUAAAAUGUUUUUAUAAGUACUAAAAGAACGUUUGACAUCAACUAAAGUAAUAGAAGCGUGCUGCAAAUCAGUUAUCAUAUCUGGGGAAAAAUUAUCACUACAAAAUAACUACAGACUAUAAAAUGAUAUCUAUAUUAUUAUAUAAUAAUAAAUUAUAUUUCCACUACUGAAACAAAAUAUUGAAAAUCAAUAAAAUUGAUGUAUUCUUUAUUACAUGAAAUAUUCUUUUACCUUGAAAUGUUCUUAAAUAUGCAACAAUAACUUUCGCUAUUAUUUAUACAUCUCACAAUUUGUAAAGAUUUUGAACCCCCGUCUGACUGCAUAGACU